AUGAGUGACUCCAACUACUGGGUUGUGGACUAUGAGCUCUCCUCCCCUGCUCCGCCCGGGUUCCCCAGGGGCCCAGUGGUGCUGCAGCCCAUGGCAGGGCAACCCGAGCAUGGAACGGCCCUGUGUUUCGUUGGCCUCCUGGUACUGCUGCUGCUCUUUCUCGUUGUUCGCUGCAUCCGUAUCUUGUUAGAUCCCUACAGCAGCAUGCCGGCAUCAUCAUGGACGGACCAUAAGGAGGGGCUGGACAGAGGGCAGUUUGAUUAUGCAUUGGUGUAAAGACGAGGGAUGAUUGGAGGACGAGGAGAUGGAUGUGUAAAGGUUCUUUUGAGGUGAUUGGUGAUGAUUGGUGCUGUUUGGUGCAUGCCCUGCUUGAAGCUUAUAUUUCCAAAGUUUCAGCUCCUGAAAAUUAAAGAAACUGCAGUAUGUUGUUUUGUUGGGGUAAUCCAAGCUGUCAAGAUAACAGCUUAAAAACCAUUAAACAGUACCUGUAUAAGGAUUAAACACAGCAGGGCAGAGAGAAAAUGAGCAGAUACACCAGAAGUCUUGCAUCCAUUUUUAAUUAACAGUAAUCAGUAUUAUUGGAGACUUAUGCUGUGUACAAUGUUACGCUGCAGCUUUUAGAGUGACAAACACUGCAGGAAGACAGUGAUCACUAUCGCAGCAUUACGUUUAUCAUGCCGUUUUGUAAUUCUGUAAUG